AUGUCAGCUCGAAUAGUCCCGUACAGCGGUGUCAAUCUCAUAACCCGAUCCGGUAUAUUAGAAGCUCGAGAAGCGCCAAAAUCAGAGGUUAAGCGAGAGAAGGAAGGGGAGUUAGUCGUCAUUAACCGCCAGUUUCCAGAUGAAAUCCUGAUUGGUUUCGAUGGGAUUCCAUCUCUUACCGAACCGUACGGUAGACUUAGCGCUGAAAUUGACGGAAAUGAGCCGCCAUCCAUCGUGGGGCUUGACGAGACGCCCCACGAACCAUGGCGACCGUCAGAUAGACGAAUGCGGCGGCCGGAGCACUACGAUGGCGAGAGUCUGGCAAGCCUCACCACAAGCCUGUCGACGGCCUCAUGGCAGGCCUUAGUGCUGGCCAGCGAGUUCCCCACGGCUUCAACUGUUCCACUCAGCUUUUCGCCAUCCAUUCAUCGAUUCCUCUACCGACAUUCUCGUGCUAUCGUAUCAUGCCACCUUACUCAUCGAUUAGGAAAUUUACUGGCGAACACUACACCGUAA